CAUUGACCUGCAUUCGUACUUAUCUUUCCCCUUUGAUAACAGCUGACUGUCAUUUGUAAUCUGUGGAAAUUCAUAACCUAUAAUAUUUCAAGUGCAGGAUCAUAAAACGUUAAAAGUUUUUAAGUGUGUAUAUAUUUAAUUAAUCUACACCUAUUUGUAGCUUUAGCACUUGGAGAUAGAAAUUCAUACCAUAGAUUUUAAAAAAAAAUUAUCACAAUGUCACAUUUUAGUGGAAUAUUACAGUUAACUGAUCUAGAUGAUUUUAUUACUCCAUCGCAGGAAUGUAUAAAACCAGUAAAAAUUGAUAAAAGUAAAACAUCUGGAACAGGCUCAAAGAUAAAGAUUCAAAGUGAUGGCUCUUACGUUCAAUUGGAUGAGGUAGGGGCUAUUCAACCCCUUCAACGAGUUGAUAUUUCUCUCACAGAUUGUCUGGCCUGUAGUGGUUGCAUUACCUCAGCAGAAACGGUGCUCAUUACUCAACAGAGUCAAGAUGAAAUGAUGAGAAUAUUCAACGAAAAGAAAAAACUUCUUGAUUCAGGGCAAAUAGAAGAGGCGCAGUUGAUAGUUGUUUCAGUGUCCAUGCAGCCUGCUCUCUCAUUGGCCGAAACAUUCUCCAUUUCUCCUGAAUCAGCAUUAAAGAAGCUUACAGGUUACUUUAAAAGACUUGGUGCUGAUCUUGUAUUGGAUAUGAGCGUAGCAGAUGACUUUGUACUUUUGGAAGCGCAGGAAGAGUUUAUUGAGCGUUACCGGAUGAAAGUGGAUGGAAGUAAAUCGGCCUUGCCCAUGCUUGCAUCAUCGUGUCCGGGUUGGGUAUGUUAUGCUGAGAAGACACAUGGCUCCUACAUUUUGCCCUACAUUAGCACAACAAAGUCUCCUCAGCAGGUGAUGGGAUCUUUAGUAAAGAACUACCUACCCCAGUAUUUGAAAGAUUCAACCAGACCAAUCUACCACAUCACUGUUAUGCCUUGUUACGACAAAAAACUAGAGGCUUCUCGCGAAGAUUUCUUCAAUGCCAGCACAAACACCCGUGACGUAGAUUGCGUCAUAACUGCCAUUGAGCUUGAACAGUUGAUACUAUCGGAAAGAAAAAACUUGGCUGAGGAAGAAGAAGCAGAACUUGAUUGGCCUUUUCCUGGAAGUAAAUCCACUUUUCAUAUGACAAGUUGUUUAGGAUCUGGUUCAGGGGGAUAUGCUCAUCACAUAUUUCUACAUGCUGCUAAAGAAUUGUUUCCCGAUCAGCAAGCUAGUCUGGAAUUUAAAGCUCUAAGGAAUCAAGAUUUCCAAGAGGUUACUCUAGAGAAGGAUGGCAAGGUAGUUCUUAGGUUUGGUAUUGCCAAUGGUUUCAGAAAUAUUCAGAAUCUGGUGCAGAAGUUGAAGCGAGGCAAAUGCAUCUAUGAUUAUGUCGAGAUAAUGGCUUGUCCGUCAGGUUGUUUGAACGGAGGUGCCCAAAUCCGUCCAAAGGAUGGCAAAUCGCCGAAAGAGAUGAUAUGCAAAUUGGAGGCCUUAUACCGUCAGCUACCUUUGAAAGCUAAGCCAGAAUCGAACGUUACAGUGUACAUGUUGUACGAAUCCUGGUUAGGUGGUAGAAACAGUGACAAGAAGAAGGCAUUGCUCCAUACAACAUACCAUGCAUUAGAAAAGAACUCAAAUGCUUUGAAUAUAAAGUGGUAGUAGCACAGUGGGCAUAGCCCGAGUAUUGUUACAUUGUAAAUAAUUUGUUCUCUUUGUUAGAUUGGUAUGUUUUUAUCAGAUUGGAUAAGUGCACUAUUUUCUGAUAAGUAAUAUAGCGAUAAUAAUAUUGUUGAAUUCGU